CUCCUUCUGCAGGAGUCUGCCACACCCUCCCGCCCGGCUCCCCCGGCCGCCGGGAACACACCUCUCCCGGCUUCCCCAAGGAGCCAGGCCUGUCCCCACUGCUCCUAGGCUUCCCGGGGAGCCUCAGGCCAAGGCCCAGCCCCCGAAGCACGCGGCGUGCGCCGAGGUCACAGGGGCGGGACACGCUCGCUCCUUCCCUCCCUCCCUGCCGCGGCCGGGGACGCGCGCUGCCGCCGAGCUGGUCAUGCUGCUGCUGCCGCCGCUGGGGAGGCUCGUUCGCCGGAGCCUCGGCGGGGCGCCCCCUUUCUCUUGCUGCUGGCCCCGCCAGGGGCCUUCCCUCGCCCGGCGAGGCUACAGCGGCGGCGCGGGGCGCAAGGGCCUCGUCUUAGGAGUCUAUGCAAAAGAAAAAGAGGAGGCGGUUCCUCAGUUUACUAAUGCCGGAGAGACUUUUGAUAGACUUGUAUCGGGAAAGCUGAGAGAGUUAUUGUCAAUAUCUGGGCCUCCUUUGAAGAAAGGCAAAAUACGCCUAUUUCAUGGCUUGCAUCAGGAUUUUCCAAGUGUUGUAGUUGUCGGCUUGGGUAAGAAGGCUGCUGGAGUAAAUGAUCAAGAAAACUGGAAUGAAGACAAAGAAAAUAUUCGGACAGCUGUUGCAGUCGGAUGCAGACAAGUUCAGGACCUGGAGGUCCCUUGUGUUGAAGUAGACCCCUGUGGAGAUGCUCAGUCUGCUGCAGAAGGAGCUGUUCUUGGGCUAUAUGAAUACAAUGAACUUAAGCAAAAAAAGAAACCUGUAGUUACUGCUCAGCUACAUGGAAGUGAUGGCAAGGAAGCCUGGCAGAAAGGUGUCAUGUUUGCUGAGGGUCAGAAUCUGGCUCGCUAUUUGAUGGAGGCCCCAGCUAAUUAUAUAACACCAAUGAAAUUUGCUGAAGUUAUUGAACAGAAACUCAGAAGUGUUAAUAGCAAUGUGAAGGUCCAUAUAAGGUCAAAAGCAUGGAUAGAAGAACAACAGAUGGGAGCAUUCUUGAGUGUAGCUAAGGGCUCAGAUGAGCCUCCAGUCUUCUUGGAGAUUCACUAUUCAGGCAGUGCUAAUGCAAAUGACUCUCCGCUAGUGUUUGUUGGAAAAGGAGUUACCUUUGAUAGUGGUGGCAUUUCACUUAAGCCUUCUUCAGGUAUGGAUGCAAUGAGAGCAGAUAUGGGAGGAGCAGCAACUGUGUGUUCGGCCAUUGUGACAGCAGCAGCACUAAAUCUACCUCUUAAUAUAAUUGGUUUGGCACCUCUCUGUGAAAAUAUGCCCAGCAGUAGGGCAAACAAGCCUGGAGAUGUUGUUAGGGCCAAGAAUGGGAAAACAAUUCAGGUUGAUAACACAGAUGCAGAGGGAAGGUUGCUAUUAGCUGAUGCUCUCUGUUAUGCCCACAAUUUUAAUGCAAGGGCCAUUGUGAAUGCUGCGACGUUAACAGGUGCCAUGGAUGUAGCAUUAGGAUCUGCUGCGACUGGAGUUUUUACCAGUUCAUCUUGGCUUUGGACUCACCUUUAUGAGGCCAGUAUUUUGACAGGAGACCGUGUUUGGAGAAUGCCUCUCUUUGAACAUUACACAAAACAAGUUACCGAUUGUCCACUUGCAGACAUCAGUAAUGUUGGAAAAUAUAGCAGAGCUGGAGGCGCAUGCACAGCUGCUGCCUUCCUGAAAGAAUUUGUGACUGCGGCUAACUGGGCUCAUUUAGAUAUUGCUGGUGUGAUGUCAAAUAAAGAUGAGGUUCCUUAUCUUCGAAAAGGCAUGGCAGGACGACCCACACGAACAUUAGUAGAGUUUGCUACACGCUUGAGCAAAGACAAGCAAAGUGUCUAGUAAAAUGCUAAUUCUGUAAUCUUCCACUCUGCCUUAAAUCUGUCUACUUCAAUUAAUCUUAAAAUUUAUUUUAAAACUAGUUAAUGGCCUAUGGCAUAUGUACACUCUAAUAAAAUGCCAAAUGUGGAAGUACAUCUACAAUCCAGGAAUACUUCCCAUAAUCUAAAAAAUAAUGAUGAAAGACAAAUGCAUUUUAUAAACAGUUCUUACUGAGUAAGAAUAUCCCAUAGAUGAGGUUCCCUCUUCCCAUUUUAUGCUGUUGAAGGUGAGAAGUUCUGUUUGAACUAUUUUUAGACACUUAAUACUGAAAAAAAUUAUCAUUGUAAACAUCUGGACUUGUGUUCAGAUGUAUAAGUAGUGAUCUGUGUAAUGGUCACAAACAAAUCUACCUUUUUAGUUGCUUUACCAAGUUCUUUUGUCUAAACAGUAUAAUGUAGCCUCCACUAUAAAACCAUUAAUCUGGAAUACCAUUAAUCUGGAAUCAUGGCCCUUCUGUGUUUUGGAUAUACCAUACAUGGAAGAAUAACUCUCUUGAUAGGGUUUAUUGACAGAAAUUUUGUCAGAACAACAUAAGGGAGAAGCUAGAGGUACUGUUACCAGCUGUUUAAUCAGCUAAUACACAGUAGUGCUUUAUUAGGUAUUGGGAGACUCCAUUGCUAAAGGUAUCUUAAACUAGACAACCUGAAAAUAAGCUGUAAAGAGCCUUCCUAUGUUGGCAGGGAGAUGGAUUGUCUUGCCACUUGUUAUAUGAGAUGCCAAUUUAUUGAGCAUAAUUAAAAUAAAUUAAACAAUUUCCUGCAGUUGUUUAUACUUCCUCUCAAAGAGCUUAGCAUAAUUUUUUUUCUCCCUGGUGGUUUUGCUUUUUUCAUUUGCUUGAUUGAUUUUUUUUUUCUCUUGUGCUUUCAAUAAAGCUUAAAUUAACA